AUGGGUAUUUCUGAUUCGACCAAACCCAUAUACCAUGGCCGUGAUGAUGAGGACUUUGAAGAAUUUCUGGAGGCCUAUGAAGCGUAUGGUGUAUCAAAGGAUUGGGAUGAAGAUAAAAUGCGGCAA